AUGAGGGGCUUGAUAGUAGCCCUCUUUUUAUCGCUAGUGGGGAGCCAGCCACUGAAUUACCAGCCCGAGUUCAGUGAAAACAAGGUUUAUACAUUUGACUAUGAAAGCACGCUUCUCAGUGGACUUCCAGAGAAAGGACUUGCAAGAGCUGGAAUAAGAAUAAAAAGUAAAGUGGAGAUUAGUGGUAUUGGGCCAAAACUUUGUUUUAUUAGGAUUCACUCAAUUGAAGCAGCAGAGUACAAUGGUGUCUGGCCCACAAGCUCGUUCUCUCGAUCACUCAAACUGACCCAGGUACUAACUGGACAACUUAGUAAUCCCAUCAAGUUUGAGUACAGCAAUGGCCAUGUUGGAAACCUUUUAGCUCCUGAUUCUGUCUCGGAUGAUAGCCUGAACAUCUACAGAGGGAUUCUGAAUGUGCUGCAGCUGAGUGUAAAGAAGAUGCAGCAUUCAUACAGCCUACAGGAGGCUGGAAUUGGAGGUAUUUGUAACACCACGUAUGCAAUUCAGGAAAACAAGAGAGCAAACUUAAUCUAUGUGACCAAAUCCAAGGACCUGAACAGUUGUGAAGAGAAAGUUCAAAUCAUCACAGGUUCAGCAUACACUCAGCCAUGCCAGACCUGCCAGCAGAGAAACAAGAAUUCCCAGGCAACUGCUACUUACAAUUACAAAAUCAAAUAUGCACAUAAUGAAGCUGUAAUUGCACAAGCUGAUGUUGAGGAAAUCCACCAGUUUGCACCCUUCAACGAGGUAACAGGAGGAAAUGCAAUAGUAGAAGCAAGGCAGAAACUUGCUUUGACUGAUGUGCAGAAGCAAACAGCAGAGGUCCCACCAAAAGAAUUCCAGAAUCGUGGGACGCUUCAGUACCAGUUUGGCAGUGAAUUGCUUCAGCUUCCUGUCCACUUAUUCAGAAUCAAAAAUGUGGGAAACCAGAUAGAGGAGAGCCUACAAGACCUUGUAGAGACUGAGCAGCUUUCCAGUGAUGCACCAGCAAAAGCCCUUAAGCUUUUGCAAUUGUUUCGUGCAGCAAAUGAGGAGAAUUAUGAGUCGGUGUGGAAGCAGUUCUCCAGUCGGCCAGCAUACAGGCGCUACAUUUUGGAUAUAAUUCCUGCAGUUGCCAGUCACCGUGCACUCAAGUUCCUGAGGCAUAAAAUCGAAAAGCAAGAACUCACCAACUGGGAAGCAACCCAGACAUUGCUUGUGGCUCUACACUCAAGCACACCAACUCAGGCUGUGAUGGAGGAAGCAACGCUCAUAGUGAAAAAAUAUUGCCCGCGCUCAAGUACUGCACUUGGAAAGGUUUGCCACCUCAGCUAUGCAUCCCUGUGCCACAAACAGUGUUGGUCAUCAGACUCCUGCUCAGAAUGUCUCCAGCUACUUCAUGGCUUUGCAGGAGAAGCAUUGAGCAAGUCUAACACAGAAGAUAUGUCCCUGGCUUUGAAAGCCCUUGGAAACGUAGGACAUCCAGCCAGCAUCAAGCACAUAAAAAAAUUUUUGCCAGGAUAUGCAGCUGGUGCCUCAGAUUUGCCACUCAAGGUCCAUGCAACUGCUGUGAUGGCCCUAAAAAACAUUGGCAUUAAAGACCCAAAAAUGGUCCAGGCUAUUACCCUUGAGAUUUUUCUGAAUCACAAAAUUCAUCCUCGGGUCCGAAUGUUAGCUGCAGUGAUUUUGCUUGAAACCAAACCAGGUCUUCCAAUAGUGAUGACAUUAGCUGAUGCUGUGCUGAAGGAACCUAGCAUGCAAGUGGCAAGUUUCAUCUACUCUCACUUGAGGGCCCUGGGUAGAAGCACAGCUCCAGAUCUUCAAGUGAUGGCUUCUGCCUGCAGGAUGGCUAUCAGAUUAUUAACUCCCAAAUUUGACAGAUCUGGGUAUCAGUUCAGCAAAGUUUUCCGCUUCAGUAUAUUUAAAGAGCUCCUCAUGAGUGGAAUUGCAGCUAAAUACUUGGUAUUGAAUAAUGCAGGCAGCUUAAUUCCAACAGUGGCAACGUCCCAGCUGCAGACACAUUUCCUUGGAAGAGUGGCUGAUCCCUUGGAGGUGGGAGUAACAGUUGAAGGACUGCAGGAGAUAUUUGCUAAAAAAGGCUACUCUUCUAAUGGGGACUGGGAAACAGACUAUGAUUUCAAGGAAAUCCUGAAAAGGCUUUCUGACUGGAAGGCAUUCUCCAGUGACAAACCUUUUGCCUCAGGCUACGUGAAGAUGUUUGGCCAAGAGCUGUUCUUUGGUGAACUUGAUAAAAACGCCAUCCAAAAUGCAUUGCAGGUGUGGUAUGGACCUGGCGAAAAAAUCCCUUCAAUAAAAAGAAUAAUCAUCACCCUUCAAAAUGGUGUCGGGAGACAGUGGACCAAGGCUUUACUGGCCUCAGAGAUUCGUCGUAUUGUGCCCACCUGCACUGGGUUCCCCACAGAGACCAGCUUCUAUUACUAUUCUGUCACAAAAGUAGCAGGAAAUGUUCAAGCACAGAUCACACCUUCCCCAAAGUCUGAUUUCAGGUUAACUGAGUUACUAAAUGCCAACAUCAGGCUGCGAUCCAAACUGAGUCUAAGCACGGCUAAGAAGAUGACCUUUGUAAUGGGGAUCAACACACGCCUGAUUCAGGCAGGGCUGGAAGCACAAACUGAAGUGAAUGCUUAUGUACCUGUGAAUGUGGUUGCUACUGUUAAUAUGAAAGAAAAAAAUAUCAAAAUUGAAAUUCCACCAUGUAAAGAUGAGACUAACAUAAUUACUGCAAGGUCUAAGACAUUUGCUGUUACAAGAAAUAUUGGGGAUUUGGCUGCUAGUAAGACAACUCCAGUUCUUGUACCUGAAGCAGUGCCUGACAUAAUGAAGAUGCCUUUCGAUUCAGAUUCUGCAUCUGGAGAGACUGACAACAUCAGGGACAGACAGUCUGCAGAAGAUGUUUCAGCAGGAAAUUCCUUUCCGUUUGGACACUUGUCUUCCUCAAAAAAGCCAUAUGUUCAGUCCUCGUGUUCCAAUGCAAGUACAUUUGGGGUUCAAGUGUGCCUUGAGAGGAAAAGUGUACAUGCAGCAUUUAUCAAAAAUGUGCCUCUCUAUUACCUUGUUGGAGAGCACAGUUUUGCAAUGAGCUUCAAGCCAGUUGACACAGAGGCACCUAUUGAAAAAAUACAAGUCACAUUUCAGGCAGGAGACCGAGCGCCUACAAAAAUGGUACGUGUAGUAACAUUUGAAGAUCCAAAGGCACAAGUAUCUUCCAGCAAAGAAGUAAUUAGAAGAGUGAAGAAAAUCCUUGAUGGUCCUGAUGACGAGGGGACAAGAAAAUCCGGAAGUUCAUCAUCAAGUGCCAGCAGCACCAGCAGAAGUAAUGAGAGUACAACGAGUAGCCCCUCCAGCAGCAACUCUGACAACACAUCAUCACAAGGAGGCACCCAGAUAAAUCUGAAAACAAGGCAGUCCAAAGCCAAAGAAAAGAAAUUCUCUCCCUUUGGAGACAGUGGCCGUAGCAGCAGCAGCAGCAAAAGCAGCAGUAGUAGCAGCAGUAGUGACAGUAGUAACAGCAAAAGGAGCAGUAGUGAUAGCAGCAGCAGCAAAAGCAGCAGCAGUAGUAGUGAUAGCAGCAGCAGCAAAAGCAGCAGCAGUAGUAGCAAAAGCAGCAGUAGUAGUAGCAAAAGCAGUAGUAGCAAAAACAGCAGCAGUAGUAGUAGCAAAAGCAGUAGUAGCAGUAGCAGUAGCAGUAGCAGCAAAGCAUCUGGUAUAAAGCGUAAGGUUAAGCAGUCCAAGAACACACCAUUUCCAAAUGCCAGUGCUGCUGAAGGAAAGAAAAGUAUUGGUGAGCAGAAGCAUAAAACACAGAGCAGCAGCAGAAGUAGCAGCAGCAGCAGCAGUGAGAGCGUUGGUGCUUCCUAUCGCCGAAGCAAGUCUGACAGACAAGCUGAGCUGAAACGUACCAAGCCCCAGCUGAACAGCCACAGUGGUUACGACAUUUCUACAGAAUGGGAAGAUCAACUUCCCAAAGUAUACCAGCUCCGCUUCAAGUCUGCUCACAUUCAUCGGCGCAACUUCCUGGGAGACGUAAUUCCACCUGGCAUUACGAUUGUGGCACAGGCAGUAAGGAGUGACAACAGAAAUCAAGGUUAUCAGGCUACAGCAUAUGUUCGUUCUGAUGCUGCCAAAGUUGAUGUGCAACUAGUUGUGGUUCAGCUGGCUGAAACCAAUUGGAAAGCGUGCGCUGAUGCUGUAAUACUGCCUCUGAAAGUAAAGGCCAGACUGAGAUGGGGCAAAGAAUGCCAGGACUACAAGAUAGAAGCCGUGGCUACCACAGGCCAACUGGCGAAGAAGCCAGCUGUGCAGCUUAAGGUGCAGUGGGGAAAUCUUCCAUGCUGGAUAAAAAAGAAAAGCACAGUAUUCAUGCAGUACAUUCCUGGUGCAGCUCUCAUGUUGGGCUUCUCAGAAGCACAACAAAGAAAUCCAUCUCGUGAAAUUAUAGUAAGGGCAGCUGCAACAUCUCCACGAACAAUUGAUGCAGUAAUUAAAGCUCCUGGGGUAACACUUUACUGUCAGGCUCUCCGAAUGCCAAUCACUCUGCCUUUAGGGCAAUCUCCAGCUUAUGAGACUCAAGAUAUCACUGCCUGGAAUUUAUUCCCAGAAAUAGCUUCACAAAUAGCACAAGAAGAUCAAUCUACAUGUGAAGUCACAGAGAGAGAUUUCAAAACAUUUGACCAUGUGAGCCAUACAUAUUCUUUCAAUAAAAGCUGCAGCCUAAUAGUGGCCCAAGAUUGUACUGAACACCCCAAAUUCAUCAUUACUACAAGAAAGGUUGAUCCUCAGUCUUUCUCAAGAAAGGUUGACAUAAAUACAACCUCAGUGAACAUCACAAUCUGUCCUGCUGCAAAUUCUUCUCUCCUUGUGACAUGCAAUGAAGAAGCAGUUAUAUCACACACCAAAGCUUCUGAGUAUGAAAAAGACAAUGUUAGAAUUUAUAAAAAUGGAAGAAAAGUUAUCGUGGAAGCUCCAACACAUGGACUGAAGAAUGUGAUUUUUGACGGUGUGAUCCUUAAGGUUACCGUCGCUUCAUGGAUGAGAGGAAAGACCUGUGGAGUUUGUGGAAAUAAUGACAGAGAAAAGCACAAUGAACUCCAAAUGCCAAAUCAUAAGCUGGCACACAGCAGUUCUGCUUUUGUUCAUUCAUGGGUGUUGCUAGAAGAAACCUGCUCUGGUGGGUGCAAGCUGCAACGCAGUUAUGUGAAGCUGAAUCAAAAUCCUACUAUUGAUGGAGAGGAAUCUACGUGCUACUCUGUUGACCCAGUACUGAAAUGCAGGAAAGACUGUACUCCAAUCGAAAAAACUUCAGUUAAGGUUGGCUUCCACUGUUUCCCAAAAGAUACUGCUGUAAGCCUGCUGGAGUGGCAAAGAAGCAGCGAUAAGAAAUCAGCGUCUGAGGAUGUUGUGGAGUCUGUGGAUGCUGACAUCGAUUGUACCUGCACUGGCAACUGUAGUUAAGCUAAAUGCCUUAGUGUUCUGCUAUAGACAUACUACACAAAUAAUUGAAUAGCUGGACAGAUAAGAAAGGAAUGUCAUAGCCCUAGUAAAAUAUUAAGAAAUGUGCUAGAAGAAAAUAAGCCUACUGCAUUGCAUCCAAAGUCAAAUGCAUUAUGUAC